GGGAGUGUAAGAAGGCGAUGAGUGUGAAUGAAGCACGCGGUGGUCGCUGGGGCUCCAGCCCCGUCUUCAGGAAACCUGUCGCUGCUCCUCUGAGAGCCGUGCAGGAAAGGAGGUGGGUCUUUGAUCCCUUUGUUGUAGCUGCUCCCUGGGAAUUUGCUGAAAUCAAUGCCCUGUUUUCCUGAAGAAAUGAAUGGCUAUGCCUAACUAGCUUUGUGAAGCUCUGGGGAAUUCACUCCCUCUGUUUAUUGACAGCUGAAAAGGAGCACAUGGUGCUGAAUGGGUCCUCUUGUGAAAACAAAACAGAGCAGAUCUAGACUUAGUUGAACGCAGGGGCAUUUGGAAAACUCUGCUGAAGGAAGAUGGCAUGUUUCCUGCCACCUUGCACUAGCACAGUGUGACUUCUUAAUAAAAGUGCAAUUUAAAAUAAGGGUGUGAGGAUUGCGGUAAAAGCCUUAUAGGAGAAUGCAAACUCCAUGGACCACUCAUCAGGGCUAAAGACAGGAUUAUUCCUAGCCGAGCCCGUCUCACCCUACCUCACUACCUUACUUUGCGAGUGUUGGAGCUGCGAGCUGGUAACCAGCAGAUUCUUGGAGUAUUUGCAAAGAAAGUAAUACAGAAGAGAACACAAUUUGGUCCUUACGUUGGUCAGCUGUCUACAAAAUUGACCUGCUACGAUGAGAGUAGGCUAGUUCUGCAGGUAUUGAAAGAUGGAGGGAAGUACUUUCUGGACACUCCCAAUGAAGACUGUGGAAACUGGAUGAUGUUUGUCCGGCUAGCCCGGAACCAAGAAGAACAGACCCUUGUGGCUUAUCAGCACUGUGGAGAAGUCUACUUUACCACUGUUAAGCCAAUUGAGCCCCACACGGAAUUGAAAGUAUGGUACGCUGCCGAUUAUGCCAAAUUUAUGGAAACUUCUGCAGUCUUCAUUAAAGAAGAAUCUGAUGUCAGUCCUUUGCCUGUAGUAGCAAAAGAGCCUGUAGACCCUUGGAUAUGCUCCAGCUGUAGAAGUACUUUUGCAACUUUUGCUCUGCUGGAAUCUCACCAGUGCAUCAAUAAAGACCGUGUCCUUACCACCAGGCUCAGACCACCAAAUAAAUUAGGAUCCUUAAAAGCAAAAAGCAAAUUCAAAGGGAAACUGAGAGGAUCGGCAUUAGGCAAAAGCAUUGCUCAGUGCUAUGGGACCAUUUCCUGUUCCUCUGCUGCGAAGCUUAGCUGUGCCAGCUCAGGAAACACUUGUGAUGCUCUUGUGAGGUUUAUACCUAAAUGGAGAAAUGGCCGGCCUUCACUGUUGAAGGGAAGAGAAGUGAAGCAGCCAGACAGUUACCCUUGCCGACUCUGUGGGAAGAUAUUUGAGUCCAUUGAAAAGCUCACAGUCCACACUUACGUGCACAAAGCGGAGCGCCCCUACAAGUGUUCACAGCACGGAUGCACAAAAGCCUUCAUUUCCAAAUAUAAACUGCUCAGGCACUCAGCCACUCAUUCUCCACAGAAAUCUCACCAGUGUGGCUACUGUGAAAAGACAUUUCAUAGGAAAGACCAUCUAAAGAAUCACCUUCAGACUCAUGACCCAAACAAGAUGGCCUUCAAAUGUGAAGAGUGUGGCAAGAACUACAACACCAAGCUAGGUUAUAAGAGACACUUGGCUCUUCAUUCAGCCGCCAGUGGGGACCUUACCUGUAGGGUAUGUGCUCAGGAGUUCGGUGGCACUGAAAUUUUGCUGGAACACCUUAAAAGUCAUGCAGGGAAACCAACUGGCAAUACCAAGGAAAAGAAACAUAAGUGUGACCAUUGUGAGCGUCACUUCUAUACCCGUAAAGAUGUGCGGCGUCACAUGGUGGUUCACACGGGUUGCAAAGACUUUCUAUGCCAGUUUUGUGCCCAAAGGUUUGGGCGGAAGGACCACUUGACUCGCCAUACGAGGAAGACUCAUCCACAAGAACUGCUCAAGAGCAGGUUGCAGAAUGGUGACUCGGUAGGGCUCCUUGACCAGCUUUUUCCAUUCAGACUGAAGGAAGAUGCCAGCAUAUUGUCCCCUUUUCCUGAAAGGGUCUCGGGGCAGAAUGGAAUUUUGAAUAAUUCAGAACCAAAGGAAUACAACUGUUCACAUCUUCAUCCCCAGCCAAGCUUACAAACCGCUCUUCCUAUUGAACCUUCUCCUCUUUUGCAAAGAAUGGGCUGUGCAGAUAGCCUUGCAGCUGUCCCUCCCACACCAUGCUCAACAGCCAUCCCUGCCAACCUGAACCUUCAUCAGUCUAAUAAAUAUGACCUUAGCUCUACCUCAUUUGCAGCAGGCUCCCUCAAGAAUCUUCCGAUCAAAGUGGAUGUUAAAGGUUACAACGUCCAUCUUCUGGAGGACCUGCCAUUACCAGAACCUCAAUCUCUCCACAAAAUCAGUCUGGAAGAAGCUUCCUCAGGGCCUGUAGGUGAUACUAACAAGUACCCAGUGCACAAGGAGAUAGAGACAGCAGCUGAAACUACCAGCAUGCCUUUCAUGGAUCUCACUCAUGUGAUGAGUUUCUGGCAACUCCCACAAAGUGACAACCAGAGCACUACUGGGGAUAUCACAAUGGCAUUUGGUCCAGAGGAACCGUCACAUAGGCUGAAUGGCCUCAGCCAACAGCAAGGUCUACAGCUAGCAACUGGUGGCAUGGCCAUAAACCAGCUGCAUCAUCUUCCUCGCUCCUUUCCAUCCACUACAAAUUCUGUAACAUUGCCUCAUUUUCAUCAUGCCUUCAAAUAACUAUGCUUUUUUUUUUUUUUUUUUAAAGAAAAAGACUGUGCUUCUUACUUAAAUCUAUUAGGAAGGUUAUUUUUUGUUUUUCCUCUUUUCUGUUUCAAGAAGAACUCCCAAUUUUUUUUUUUAAACAAGUUAUGGACAUGGUAGUUCAAUUCAGAAUGUUAAUAAACAAGAAGCUCUAUUUUUCAUACUAUAUUAUUAAUUUUUAGCAUAUGACAAUAGUAGGACUAACAUACUUCCCUCAGUACCCUCGGUAUUCUUGUUUCUUACCUUUUAAACAAACAGCUUAAUGUCUUCAACAAGCCUCGUAAUAGGCACAAUGAAACUAUGGCUGCACAGCAGGAAAAAUAGGGUUAGGGUGAAUCAGAAGAAGGGGAAAAGAACAGAAGAAUAAUUCUAGUGAGCCAUAAAUCACAAGAAAUGUAUACACAUGACAAACUUAAAGUGAACAAUUUAUCAGUGUGAUAGAGAUUUCUUCUAAGCAUUUACUUAAUUACCAAAUUUUAUGAAUCUUGGAAUCAUUUUGAUUUAAAGAAUAAAUCUUCUCAUUUCACUCUUUUAAAACAAAGAAAAUCACUGUUGUGAUUACAUCUAAGUAGACUUCUUUAUUUUCUUCUGAAGUGCACUUUGGCUAUGUGCAUCUCCUGCAUUUUUCCAAGGGCUGGGAAUAACUACCAAUGCUGCAUGACUACACCAAAGCAGACUUCUUGUAUAGGUGUAGUUUUCAGAAUGGGAAGUGGAUUGUCUCAAAAAUUGGAGUAAAACAUUAAUUUUUGCUUAGAACACCAUCAUUUAGCAAGAUGCAGGAACCUGGUCUCACUCUAGUAAAGCACUUAAGCAUCUGCUUAAAUUUAAGCACAUAUGCCUUCAUUGGGUCAAUUUGCAUGAUUUAAUACCCAAUAAAAAAAAGAAUACUUCUUACCUAAGGGGCCUUUUUUCAACUUCUGUUGAUUAAAAAAUGGCUUUUGCUUUGUCUGGGAAAUGAUUCUUAAUUAUAGCCACCUCAAACAUGGUCUUCUUGACAGAAAGCUGGCCCUGCCAAGGUCAGCCUUCUGUGAGGCCAUGGUAGGUCCCCAUGCGGAAGGGCGUGUGGUGGUUACCUCAGGAUGGGCUCUCUUCAAAACCACAGGCUGUGAACCUGCCUUGAAAGCGUCAUAGGAAAUCAGCAAGAAUGGUAAUGGUCAGAUGAUCUUCAUCCUGUGGGCUUUGCUCAGUGGUAUUUUGGUAGUCUCACCCAAUUCAGAAUCACGACUUAUGUUUGCUUCCUAUAGUAAACUGUUGUAUGUUUCCAGCUGAUGUAGGUGUUACAGCCCUGUCCCCUGACCAACUAGCAGAAAUUGCAAAAAAAAAAUCACAUCUCCCAGUAGAUAAUAUUUAAACAAACCAACAAACAACUUCAGAAUUUACUUGCUGCCUUGCAUAACCCAUACUUAAAAAAAACGCCAUUUUAGCAUACCAUGCUAUUACUAGUGAGUUCUGUUGCAGCUGAAAUUUCUGAAUCAGAAUAAGCAAUCUCUUCUAUUAAAUUCACUUAGAAUUAAUAGCACCUAAUGAUAAUUAUGGAUGUACCACAAAGCAAGCUUGUUCUCUUCUCCCUUGGUAAUCACAGGACUAUUUCCAGGCAGCUUCAAAUAAAAAACAAUAUUUGUAAAUCA